CUGUUUCAUACGCGCAUUUGAGAAAUCUCUUGCGGACAACUGGCACGCAGAUUAAGGUGCGGUCCAAAUUCAUUAUUUAUAUUUUGGCAAAAGAAUAUUUGCAUAAAAGUUUGUUGAAACGAAAAAUGAUGGAAGCCAACAGCGGAUCUCGAGUGGCUGUGGUGACUGGAGCCAACAAAGGAAUCGGUUACGCAGCCGUGAUGGAACUGUGUGCCAAAUUUGACGGAACUGUUUACUUGACAUCACGCGACGAAAGUCGGGGACGUAAGGCUGUGGAUGAACUCGAACAAAUGGGUUUACGUCCGGCUUAUCAUCAAUUAGACAUUGAUGACGAAUCGAGCGUCUUGAAAUUUCGUGAUCAUCUCGUGGAAACUCACGGCGGAUUGGAUGUCCUAAUCAACAACGCGGCCAUUAUUUUCCCGAUGACGACACCUGCGGAAUCGUUUGUCGAAUCGAUUCGGAAGACGAUCGAUACUAAUUUUUAUCACACGAUGAGAGCGUGUAAGAUCCUGUUUCCUAUUCUUCGACCGCACGCAAGAGUCGUUCAUUUGACGAGUGACGACGGCCAUUUGCUGAGAAUAUCCGGCCGCGAACCGGAAGCUGCCAUCUUGAGGAGCAAAUUCUCCGCUCCUGAUUUGACCGAACAAGAACUGUGUCAGUUGAUGGAAGAUUUCAUCGAUGCGGCUAAAAAUGGCGAUCGUUUUGAACGAGGAUGGCCAAACAGCGUUGGUGAAAGAGAAGAUACUUGGCCUAACGAAGGCUACAUUGUUUCCAAAGUGGGUAUCAGCGCAUUAACACGAAUUCAUCAGCGCCAAUUCGAUCAAGACUUGCGUGAAGAUCUGACCGUCAAUUGCGUUCACCCCGGUUACGUCAUAACAGAUGCGACCUUCCAGAAAGGAGAGAAAACGAUUCAAGAAGGUGCAGAGGCGGCUUGCUGGCUGGCCAUGCUUCCGCCAUCUUCGCCGGAUAAUGUUGUUCCAAAAGGGGCGUACGUUUGGCACGACAAACAACUCGUAGAUUGGGUCAAUGGACCUACUCCUUCAAUUUAUUAAUGUUCAGUUAAUUGUACGUUACGGCUUUCAUCAUUUCGUUUCCGUGUUUGUCAAAACUUUGUCUUUAACUUUUACAGUUUCAUCUUACCUGAUUGUUCGUCUAGUAAACUUCAUUUCAAAAAUAAAAAUGUUGUUUGUGACGCUUAA